AUGGUUGUUUUAUGUGUGAAUGAGAAUGUGAACGAGAAUAAGAAUAAGAAUGAGAAUGUGAAUGAGAAUGUGAAUAAGAAUAAGAAUGUGAAUGAGAAUGAGAAUAAGAAUAAGCAUGCGAAUGAGAAUGUGAACGAGAAUGAGAAUGUGAACAAGAAUAACAAUGAGAAUGUGAACAACAGUAAGAACAAGAAUGAGAAUGAGACUGUGAAGGCGAAUGAGAAUGUGAAUAAGAAUAAGAAUGCGAAUGAGAAUGCGAAUAAGAAGAAGCAUGCGAAUGCAAAUGAGAAUGUGAACGAGAAUGAGAAUGCGAAUGAGAAUGCGAAUGAGAAUGCGAAUAAGAAUGUGAACAAGAAUGAGAAUGUGAACAAGAAUAAGAAUGAGAAUGCGAAUGAGAAUGUGAAUAAGAAUAAGCUUGUGAAUGCGAACGAGAAAGUGAACGAGAAUGAGAAUGCGAAUAAGAAUAAGAAUAAGCUUGCGAAUGCAAAUGAGAAUGUGAACGAGAAUGAGAAUGAGAACGCGAAUGAGAAUGCGAAUAAGAAUGUGAACGAGAAUGAGAAUGUUAAGGUGAAUGAGAAUGUGAAUAAGAAUAAGAAUGCGAAUGAGAAUGCGAAUAAGAAUGCAAAUGACAAUACCAGUAAGAAUAAGCUUGGGAAUGCGAACGAGAAAGUGAACGAGAAUGAGAAUGUGAAUGCGAAUGUGAACAAGAAUGACAAUACGAAUGCAAAUAAAAAUGCAAGUGAGAAUGCGAAUAAGAAUGAGAAUGUGUGUCCGAAGCUGAGCCGGGAAGACGCAGCUAAGCGUGAGCCUAUCUCCUGGCUUUCCUGUAUCAGACAAUUGCCUUUUGGCAGCGGUGGGAGCAGACUAAAGCCUGGCUCAGCCCUGAGGGAUCCACGGCCAGAGGGAGGGGAGCACCGACUCUAUGACGGAGUUGUUCAACGGAGGGACAACACCCAGAACAGUGUGUUUUAA